GACGAACAUCUCCGGCACAGCCUUGGUUGCUGCUUCUUCCGCGGGGCACUUGGAGGUUGUUAAUGCUCUUCUUGCGGCUGCAGCCGACGUCGACAAGGUCUGCAUACGCGGUACAGCCCUGUCAAGUGCAGCGGCGGCAGGCCACUAUGACAUUGUUUGCAG